UCCUUUACCUUUACCAUUCAUUGGAAAUCUUCAUAAUCUCGGCUUUGGUGUAGAACGAUUCUAUGAACAAUGUCAAAAAAAAUAUGGAGAUAUCAGUGAAACGAUGUUUGAUCGUAGAUAUAUCAUUCUCUCACGUCCAGAAUAUAUUGAAAAACUUUUUGAUCGUAAGUUAUUUUUCAUGAGACUUCCACAUUCUCAAGGUACAGUUGAAAUGGGAAUGUAUGGACAUGGAAUU